AAGAAUACUAUUUGAGAGGAAAAAAGGCAUAAAAAUGUGGUAAGAUUCGCUCCGUAACCGUCCUCCCUUUUCUAUAAGAACCGACCUCCCCCCACCAACAAGACAAAGCAAUUAUUCAAUUAAAAGUAUCAAAAUCAAAGAGAGAGAACAAUGGCCGCAACAGCAGAAAUGAUCCCAGCAGGAGAAGUGAUCGCUUGCCACACCGUCGAGGACUGGAACAACAAGUUGAAGGCAGCCAAAGAAUCCAACAAACUGAUUGUGAUAGACUUCACAGCAGUGUGGUGCCCACCUUGCCGUUUCAUUGCACCCAUCUUUGUCGAGCUCGCUAAGAAGCACCUUGAUGUUGUCUUCUUCAAGGUCGACGUCGAUGAAUUGGCUACUGUUGCUCAGGAGUUCGAUGUUCAGGCCAUGCCAACCUUUGUCUACAUGAAAGGCGAAGAGAAGCUCGACAAGGUUGUUGGUGCUGCCAAGGAGGAAAUCGAAGCCAAGCUUUUGAAGCACUCUCAAGUUGCUGCCGCUUGAUUAUCCUUCUUCUUCUUCUUCUUCUUCUUCUUCUUCUCUACCUAUUUGCUAAUAUGUUUGGUGUUUUAAUAAAAUCCUUGUUGCCUUAUUGACACUUUCACUUUGAGUCAUCAUCUUCGUUUGUGUUGUGGUGCCGACGAGCCCUGGGUGUGUGAAUAAAUGUUUGCAAACUUUAUAACUCGCAGCUAUGCUAAAUUUUCAUUUUGGUUGUUUAUCAACUCUUUGAGGUUAUUGUGUUAUGUUUAAUUA